UUUAAGUACGCACAACCAACCAAUCACGCUUGGAAUGCAGUUCACGUGGUCGGGCAAUGGUGUUUGAUUGACUGUACCUUAGGCGCAGGGCACGUGAAUGACGAGGGUCAUUAUACCAGGGAAUUCGAAAACUUUUAUUUCCUUACCGAUCCCGACCAGUUGAUUUCUACCCAUUUUCCCUACAUGGACAACAACAAAAAAGAAAGCAAAGCUUGGCAACUUCUUCAGAAACCUUUUACAUUACAAUCAUUUAAUAAGAAUGUAAAAAGGACGAUAAAAUCCUUCAAGUGGGGCGUGGAUCUAGUUUCUCAUAGACAGGCUGUGAUUCAGGUGACGUUGACUGCCACUGUGUUUAUAAAAGGGACGACAAAAAUGUUAAACAAUGUAGCGGCACGUUUAACGGACACAGACGGUAAUGUUCAUAAGCAGUAUACAUUAGUGCAAAAUCCAGACCAGAACUUAUUUUCCAUUCGAGUACGUCCUCCAACGAUGGGUAAGUUUCGGUUGACAAUUCUCGGAAGUAUUGACCAGAAGGACACGACACUUUAUGCACUUGUGUCAUACAUAUUGCGUUGUAGGCAAACAGAGCAAAAGGUGUAUUUAUAUCCCAAACAUACCGGGGUCUGGAGGUCAAGGUCUGAUUACAGAGAUUUUGGAUUUCAAACCGGUGUGGAUUCACCUCUUAUAAUAACCCCAAAAGAUGGCAUUUUAGAGUUGACUUUACCUAUAGAAAGAGAUUUCCCUGUUUCAUAUAGAUUAAGUUACUCUGAAGGCACACUGAAAAACAUAGAACGCUAUGUGUUGGUAGAAAACAUUGGAAAUGCAAUAUCCAUACGUGGUCACUUUUCAGAGAAAGGAUUCUAUAAAUUACAAAUCUUUUGUAAAGCAAAAUCAGGGGAUUAUGAGCCAGUUCUUUUGUAUUUGAUAGACUGUACUAAAGAUGCCAUGAACCACUCUGUACCAUUUCCAGUUAUGUACUCCUCCGCCUCAGAAUAUCACUGCCAGCUUCUGGAACCAUUAACACGUGAAUUGCCGGAAGAGACGUGGAUAAAAAUAAGGUUUCGGUCAAGUGACAUCAUCAAAGCAGUCGUAAAUGGAAGAAAAAUUGAAAAAGGAAAUGGUGACGUUUGGCGAGCGGCUGUCCGAACUUCCACUGCCGGCGGAAGUGUGCGAGUUGCCGGAACAAGCGAUUCUAAGGGCCGCUAUUGGGUGCUAUACGAAUUUAACGUAGUCAAGGGAGCUAAUUCUCUGGUGCUUGAGGAUGUUUUGACGGCUCGGUCUAUCACGUCACAACCUCCUACGACCCAACGAUCAGAGAAGCAAUCAAAGACACCAAACCAAAAGGGCAUCCUUAAGAGACAAAUCAAAGAGAAAACUGUAAUUAUUUCAAAAUGAAAUGUAUUAUUCGUUAAAAAAGACAUCGAUAUGAAGACAUUAAUAUGUGAUUCAUACUGUAAGCUAAUAAAUUUUCUGUCUCGCUGACGAAAUACAUUAACUCCAUAUGCGACGAGAAAUAG